AUGUGUGAUUUUAGCUAUCGACUUUUGAAUAGGCCUGGCAUUGCAAAUGGGCGCAUUAAUGGCCACGAGAAUUUCGUUGAUAACGAUGGUGUGAAGAUCCAUUACCGGUCAUACGGUUCUGGUCCUCUUUUAAUUUUGCAACACGGUUUCCCAGACAGAGAAACAACCUGGAAUACUUUUCAAAUCCAAGAAUUCGCAAAAAAAUAUGCUGUUCGAUGUCCCACUAAGAAGGAAUAUUAUGCUGCAGAUGCCUAUGUUUCCGACAUGUUGGCGGUGAUAAAAGCAACUGGUAAAGCAUCGGCUGUCAUUGUGGGUCACGAUGUUGGAGGCGUUGUCGUGCAAAAGUUUGCUUCGGCACAUACGGACAUGUUGAAGGCCCUGGUUAUGGUUAACUCUCCAAUCAUCCCAGUUUUCCUCCCGUUAAUAGAGUUUGACAGCUACCAGCAACAACUAUCUGAAUACACAAUACCAUAUUAUGCAUACCAGCUAGGGCAGCCAAAAAACAUAUCUACCAUAAACACAUGCAAAAAAUCCCCUCUCUAUGGGAUGCUCGACUUUUACAACGAAAAUUUUCCUGCGCCUCCGUAUGGGCAAGACCUCAGCACGGAAGGCUUGGCUGAAAGAGUUCCUAGCAGCAUUAUCUGGGGAGAGCUUGACCCAUACUUUAGUCCGGCUAUGCUCAAUAGCCUCGAGGCUCGGUUUGAGUACGGAAUUAGAUUAGUCACGGUUCCAGGAGCCGGUCAUUGGUCCUUUAGAGAUAAGCCUGCGCGGUUCAAUGCUGAGCUAAAGUCUUUUCUCGAUUUCCUUGAAUACUAA